AAUAUAUAAAUUCACGGAGGCGUGCAAACACAGACAGAAUACGGAAUGAUCUAGUGCCACAGGACGUUGCCAAGAUGAGGCUGCUCCUGUGUUUGUGUAUCGUACUGUUGGUGUUCUGGUCCGCUGUCCAGGGUAAUGGACACCAUGGGCGGCAGCCUCACCCACGCCCCCCUGGGCAGGACCACGGGCACGGGCGCGGGCACGGGCACGGGCAUGGGCACUCGCAUGGGCAUGGGCACGAGAAGCACCACGACGAAGGUAGCCUGAAGAUACACAGAGAGAACAUGGACUUUGCUUUCCGCCUCUACGAGCAUAUCUCCGCCCAGAACAACUCGCAAUCCAAGAAUGUCUUCUUCUCUCCGCUUAGCGUGUCUGUUGCCCUGGCAGCGCUGUCCUUGGGCGCGAGAGGCCAGACGAACCAACAGCUCUUUGAAGGUCUCGGCUUCAAUGGCACAGACCUCACUGAGGAGGAGGUUAAUGAGGCCUUCCAGCACAUCUUCCAAGAUCUCAACAAGAAAACAGGCGUGGACCUUUCACUCGGCAGUGCACUCUUUGCUGAUGACAACUUCAAGCCCCGUACUGAGUUUCUGGAGAGUAUGAAACGUUAUUAUCAGGCAGAGGGUUUCAGCACUGACUUCCUCAAGGCUGAGGAGGCCAAGGAGCAGAUAAAUAAAUAUGUGGAAGAAAAGACAAAGGGCAAAAUAGCAAAGUUAGUUGAUGAACUGGAUCCAGAAACAGUAAUGUUUCUCGUCAGUUAUAUUUAUUUCAAAGGAAAAUGGGAGGUACCAUUUGAGCCUGAUCAAACAAAGGCAGGCACAUUUCACGUUGAUGAUAAAACAAAUGUUACCGUCCAAAUGAUGACCGAAAAGGACCACUUUCAUGUUUAUCAUGAUGAAGAGAUAUCCACUUAUGUCCUCCAGUUGCAUUACAAUGAAUCCAUCUCAAUGUUGCUGGUCCUUCCUGAGAAAGGCAUGAAGGGCUUAGAGGAGGUUAUUUGCAGGGAACAUGUUGCAAAAUGGCUUAGAUGGAUGAAAAAAAGGGAAUGCAAGGUGUUUCUUCCUAAAUUUUCCAUUUCAGCAUCAUUGCAACUCAAAGAUAUUCUGACUGAAAUGGGAUUCACUGACAUGUUCAGCAAUUCAGCUGAUUUUUCAGGGAUAACAGAAGAUCACAAAGUAAAAGUGUCCAAGUUCGUCCAUCAGGCUACCUUAGACGUCGAUGAGGUGGGGGCAACUGCAACUGGAGCCACAGGUGUGGGAAUCACACUGUACUCUCUUCGACCAUUUAUAACCCUGAAGUUUAAUCGUCCUUUCAUGGUUAUAAUAUGUGAUCAGAAAACUAAGAGUAUCCUCUUCUUGGGAAAGAUUGUAGAUCCAACUGAAAAGUAGGAUCUCUGUUUUCUAAAAACAAAUGAAUAAAAAGGCAAACUGCAAAUGGAA